CGGAUAGAAGAAGACUCUGCCCUCGUGAACAUUAAGCAUCAGGCAGGGAAGAAGAAGAAGAAGAAGAAGAAGCAGCAACAUAAUGGCUACUACUCCGAUUAAACAAUUAUUACCAGUUCGAAGAAUCGACUCAGCUUCUCUCUGCUGGUCUGGAACAAUGCGAACGAGUCAAUCUUUUGACCUUUUCAAUUUCCUCAAGUUCCUUACAUAUACUGGAUUCGUCCCGGCGUAUUUACAUCUAUGAGAAGGGAAAAAUACUUUCACUCCUCGAGUGCUGUUUUCUAAAACAAUGGUCGUUGCACGCCAAGUGUUUGUGUUAUUGUCUGUGUUAGUUGUGGGUUUGGGAUUGGUGGAGAGAUGUGAGGCUUCUGGUAAGUUCAGCUUCCAAGUUCACCACAUGUUCUCUGAUGCGGUCAAGCAGAAUCUUGGGUUUGACCAUCUAGUUCCUGAGAAAGGAAGUUUGGAGUACUUCAAGGUUUUGGCCCACCGCGAUCAGUUGAUCAGAGGUCGAGGUCUUGCCUCCAACAACGAAGAAAGCCCCAUCACUUCCUCUGAAGGCAACUUCACGCUUGCGCUCAACUUCCUGGGAUUUCUGCAUUACGCCAAUGUAUCUGUGGGAACACCGGCUACGUGGUUCCUGGUGGCUCUGGACACAGGCAGCGAUUUGUUUUGGCUGCCUUGCAAUUGCGGUAACACUUGCAUCCGCGACUUGCAAGAUGCUGGACUUCAAGAUAGUAUACCACUCAAUCUUUACAGUCCCAACGCAUCAACUACAAGCUCAAGCAUUGGAUGCAGUGACAAGCGUUGUUUUGAAUCUAGACGGUGUUCUUCUCCUGCGAGCAUUUGCCCUUAUCAGAUUUCCAGCUCUACCACCACAUCCACCACAGGGACUUUGUUACAGGAUGUCUUGCAUCUGGUCACAGAGGAUGCCGAUUUAAACCCCGUCAAAGCGAAUAUCACGCUUGGCUGCGGCCAGAAUCAGACAGGUUUGUUCCAGAAAGAUGUUUCCGUGAACGGUGUUCUCGGGCUUGGUGUGAAAGAAUAUUCUGUUCCGAGCCUUCUUGCAAAAGCUAAUAUCACCGCAAACUCCUUCUCAAUGUGUUUCGGGCGUGUCGUUGACAUUGUCGGAAGAAUCAGUUUUGGAGACAAAGGCUACACAGACCAGCAGGAGACUCCAUUCGUUUCUGUUGAACCAAGUGCGGCAUAUGGUGUGAAUGUGACGGGAAUGUCAGUGGGGGGAGAUCCUAUUGGUGUUGGCCUGUUUGCACUAUUCGACAGUGGGUCAUCUUUUACACACUUAAUGAAUCCAGCAUACGGCCUUUUUACCAAAGCUUUUAACGAUCAAGUCGACGACAAGCGACUCCCCGUUGAUCCUACGAUUCCAUUUGAGUUCUGUUAUGUGUUGAGUCCAAACUUAACAACCGUUUCUUUCUCCCCGCUAGAGAUGACUUUCGCAGGAGGAUCCACAAUGAGACUCAAGAAUCCGUUUAUUUCAGCACGGACUGAGGCAAUAUAUAGUGAGGGUAGUUUGAUGUACUGCUUGGGUAUACUGAAGAGCGAAGAUGUCAACAUCAUCGGACAGAACUUUAUGUCGGGCUACCGCGUUGUAUUCGAUCGGGAGAGGAUGAUAUUGGGUUGGAAGCGGUCUAAUUGUUUUGAAGAUGAAAGCUUAGAAUCUACGACUCCUCCACCACCCGAGUUCGAAGCUCCACCACCAAGAGCAUCCGCUCCACCACCUGCUAUUGCUGCUACGCCUCCACCAAUCGACCCUCGUGACUCCACUGGAAGCCCUGAAGCAGGCGGUGCAGUCAGUCUCCAUCGGAAGAAAACCAUGGACGUUUCACGACAAGUGUUUGUGUUAUUCUCUGUGUUAGUGGUGGGUUUUGGAUUGGUGGAGAGAUGUGAGGCUGCUGGUGGUAAGUUCAGCUUCCAAGUUCACCACAUGUUCUCUGAUGCGGUCAAACAGACUCUUGGGUUUGACCAUCUAGUUCCUGAAAAAGGAAGUUUGGAGUACUACAAGGUUUUAGCCCACCGUGAUCAGUUGAUCAGAGGUCGAGGUCUUGCCUCCAACAACGAAGAGCCUCCGGUCACGUUCAUGAGGGGAAACCGCACGCUUGAACUCGACCUUCUCGGAUAUCUGCAUUACGCCAAUGUCUCUGUUGGAACACCGGCUACUUGGUUCCUUGUAGCUCUGGACACAGGCAGUGAUUUGUUUUGGUUGCCAUGUAACUGUGGUAACACUUGCAUGCGUGACUUGCAAGACCUUGGACUUUCUGAGAGUCGACCACUCAAUCUCUACGCCCCCAACGUAUCUUCUACGAGUUCAAGCAUUAGAUGCAGUGACAAGCGUUGUUUUGGAUUGAGAGGAUGUUCUUCUCCUUCAAGUAUUUGCCCUUAUCAGGUCCAGUACCUUUCUAACAACACAGCCACCAGAGGGACAUUGUUCGAGGAUGUGCUGCAUUUGGUCACAGAGGAUGAUGAUUUAGAGCCUGUUAAAGCUAAUGUCACCCUUGGUUGCGGUCAGAAUCAGACAGGUUUGCUCCGGAGAGGUAUGGCUGUGAAUGGUCUUCUCGGGCUUGGUAUGCAAGAUUACUCUGUUCCGAGUGUACUCGCAAAAGCGAAUAUCACCACAAACUCCUUCUCAAUGUGUUUCGGGAACAUCAUUGACAUUAUCGGAAGAAUCAGCUUCGGAGACAAAGGCUACACGGACCAACUGGAGACGCCACUAGUUCCUGUUGGACCAACUCCGACAUAUGCUGUGGAUGUGACUGAAGUAUCAGUGGGAGGAGAGGAUCUCGGGGUUGAGCUGCUCGCAAUCGUUGACACUGGCACAUCAUUUACGCACUUAAUGGAGCCAGCAUACGGUCUGAUUACCAAAACUUUUGACGAUCAAGUCACUGACAAGCGACGCCCUAUGGAUCCUAAGAUUCCAUUUGAGUUCUGUUAUGACUUAAGUCCAAAUGCUACAACCAUUCUUUUCCCCAAAAUUGUGAUGACCUUUGGAGAAGGAUCACAGAUGAGUCUGAGAAAUCCGCUUUUCAUGGUGACGAAUGAGGAUGAAAGCUUCAUGUACUGCUUGGGUAUUCUGAAGAGUGUGGAUUUCAAGCUAAACAUUAUUGGACAGAACUUCAUGUCAGGCUACCGCAUUGUGUUCGACCGGGAGAGGAUGAUUUUGGGUUGGAAGCGGUCUAAUUGUUUUGAGGAUGAAAGCUUAGCAGCUACUCCUCCACCACCACAGAUCAAAGCUCCUGCACCAAAACUAUCCACUCCACUAUCUCCUUCUCCUCCUCCCCGUGUUUCUGUUGCUACACCGCCCCCGGUUAACCCUCGUGACUCCACCGGAAACUCUGGCACAGGCGGCGCAGCCAAUCUCAGCCUUCUUGCAUCUCAAGUCUUGUUUAUCCUACCUCUUUUGGCCUUCCUUUGAUUCUCACCAGAUGCAUUCGCUUUUGGUUGGUUUGACCAUUUCAUGUUCAUUUGAUAAUAAUCUUUGUUUGAUGAGUAAAACAUUAAUUCAUUGGUUUGAGUCUUUGAGAGUGGUAAUCUUAUCUCCCUGUUACAAUGUAUAUGUUUUUGAUGUAUAAUUGUGGUUUGGAUAUUGUCAAAUCCUAUGUGUUAGUGGUAAGACUUAAUUAACAGAUUAAAGAUCACUUCUUCAGUUCUACAAUGAGAUGAAUGUGGGUAGAAAGAUUGAUACCAAAAGUGUAUUUUUUUGUUUCCUCGCUUGGUAAACUAAAAAUAUGUGUUUUUGCAACAAAAAAAAAAGAAAAAGAAAAAGAAAAAGAAAAAAAAAGUCCGUUCUUUUACCAGCGAUUUCCUCCUCCGGCGCUUCUCGAUUGUACAGCAGGAUCCACUCACUCGAUCCUCUGUUUCCCUCUUCUUAUGGCUGCGAAGGCGACUAGUCAUACCUCUCGCUAUUCCAUAACUCCCAUCGAUAGAUCCCAAUCUCUUGAUUACGCUGCGCUCCCUCUCCCUCGUGAGGUGAUCAGAACUUGAUUCCACGACCUCCGUCGCCCACGAGGAUCCUUCUCACCUCUCGGUGACUCCUUCCGUUCAUCCACCGGCCGAAAUGGAGAGUUUCGAUAACGGCAAUGCUAGUAAGAAACUGGCGUCUCCUUCAAUUAGCUCCCGCCGAGGUCGGGGCUCUUGAUGGGAGCAGACUCUGAAAAGCCGCCUUCUUUGGAAGAGACCUUAUCCGACGGAUCAUCAUCAUCAGUGCCGCCUCCACAGAGAAUAUUUAGAGCACCUAAGCAGCUGUUAUUCUUGCUCAACAUGAAUGGUACUGGUUCUGGUUCUCAAAAACCACGCCAAUGCCAGCCAAAGAGGUGGCCUCACCGUAAUAAUAAUUGGAGAGAUGUGCACUUGCAGCCACAGUGGGGGUUUUAAGGCUUACGAGACCUCAAGUGAUGAUGGGACCACCAUCUUUUCAUGCCAGUGACACUCUAUACAUAAGCAGAGACAUGUUAGGAAAGACAUUUCCGGUGAUGAUGGGGCCACUCCACUGGCAGCACAUGAAUGUGUUUUUAUUGCAGGAUGAUUCUAUAACGAGACGAAGUGACUGGGACAAGUGUAUAUACACGGCGUUGUGAUCACAGGGAUACAAGCAUUUACAGCCCUUGUCCUGCUGGAGCAGGGGACAACUAGUGAAUCUCCAGAACACAACACUAACAGGAAGUAGAAAUCUGGAAGCGUGUGGGGAAUCACGAGAGCAAGAAAGCGGUAUCAGAUACACAUCGCCUUCUUUUUUGCUGUUGUGAGAGGAGGAGAGAGGAAUCAAACUUCUUAGACUUUUCCCCUUGAAAGAAAAAACUAGAACUACAAGAGAGUUUAUAGCAUUACAAGGAGAAAAGGUGUUUGAUCCCCAGGAAAAAACAGGAAUACAGACAGAAGGAAUCAGAAAUGGAAAGAAGAGAACCAGAGGAAAAGUUCAUCCGUGAGGAUGAUGGUGGCGGGUGAAAAGCGGCAGAGUGGACAGCAUAUCUUGCGGCUGACAUGGAACCACGUGUCGACGCAGAGACUAUGGAACUCAUGGGAACAAGGCAGGGACUUGAUCACGUCCUCAUCCUCCAUUCUCAUCAGACACACACUGCAACACUCUUUCUCUUUUAUUCCUCCUCCUCCUCCUCCUCCCUGCACUCUUGGGUACAGCAAAGGCAGCCACUUGUCCAGACCCAUCAUCUUUUCUUCGAGUUUAGAUUCUCUCCUCUACACUUAUGUGUUAUCAAUUUAACAGAGUGGGAAUCGUGUGUGUUGGAGAGACAAGAAAAGAGGUUGGUCGCUGUUGCGUGAUUUGCAAUGCCUCUCUUGUUUUAUGGAUUACAAUGUACGUUAAAACACCUUUCUCUCUAUGUUCACACACCAACACCAAGACCCUUACUUCUCACCUUCUUUCUUUUUUCCUCUUUCUCUCUACGUAUCCCCUCUUUUCUUAUUUCUAAUUCAUGCAGAUCACUUUCUAACAUCAAUUAAAAGACUCGAUUGGAUUUUUAUAAACGUGUCUUUGGAUAAUACCGAAGAAAUAUCCAGAUAAAGAAGAUGAUUUAGCUUAUCUUAAAUUUUGUUUUUUUCAAAAAUAGAUUUGCUUUGUGAUUUGUUUAGUCUGUCUGUAAAUGAUUUGAAACUCCAUCUAAGCUAAAGUUAGGUUGUGAGGUGCCUUAUCCCAUUCACACACCAUUUUAAGUUUCGUUUUAUCUUAUUUUUGUAAACAAAAUUGCAUAAAUGCUCCUCUAAUCUACUUUAACUUGGUUCGUGAAAACCGGAACUCUCCAUCUCUAUCAGAGGGUUUCCCUGAAGGUUUUUUUACACUGAAUGAUUCUCCUUCCUUGGCCGCCUACGUUCUCCUUCCUUCUGUAAUCCGUUGAGGCGUUGACGCUCCUCAGUACUGACACAAGAUAUGAUCGUGGGUUAAUGGCGAUUUCUGAAUCCAUCCCUGACUCAACUCUAAGGAUCCAAGCUGGAGAUGAAUGGCAAGAGCAUCUUCUAUCCGCCAAUUCGUCACGUCCAGAUCUAUCUCCCCCGUUCUGGGUCUUCUUAGAGCUUUCAAACUUCUCGAAGGAUCCAGUACUAUCGGACACCUCUUCCAAGUCCACGCGAGGCUCAUCGCCUCCGGUAACUUCUGGGAUUCCACUUGGGCCAUCAGAUUGUUGAAGUGUUCUUCGCGUUUUGGUGACGCCACCUACACCCUCUCGAUAUUCCGCAGCAUUGGGAAGCUCUACUGCGCAAAUCCCGUCUUCAAGUCGUAUUUGGCCUCGUCUGCACCGAUACGAGCUUUAGGGUUUUACUUCGAUAUACUGAGAUGCGGGUUUGUUCCUGACACCUACACCUUCGUCUCAUUGUUUAGUUGUAUCGAGAAGACGUGGUGCGUUGAUUCCGGAAAAAUGUGUCACGGGCAGGCCAUUAAACAUGGAUGCGAUCAAGUUUUGCCUGUCCAAAACUCUUUAAUACAUAUGUAUACUUGUUGUGGUGCCUUGGAGCUUGCGAAGAAGCUGUUUGUUGAAAUGCCCAAGAGAGAUAUUGUGUCCUGGAACUCGAUAGUCGCUGGGGCUGUGAGAGACGGUGAUCUUGUGUAUGCUCACAAGCUGUUCGAUCAAAUGCCGGAGAAAAACAUGGUUUCUUGGAAUAUCAUGAUCAGCGCUUAUUUGGGUGCUAACAAUCCCGGAGUCUCUAUUAGGUUGUUCCGCGAGAUGGUCGGAGCUGGUUUCCAAGGAAAAGAGAGGACCUUGGUUUUGCUACUGAGUGCUUGUGGCAGAUCAGCUAGACUGAAGGAAGGUAGGUCGGUUCAUGCUUCUCUGAUAAGAACCUCGCUGAGCAAGAGCGUAGUCAUCGAUACAGCUCUUAUUGAUAUGUAUGGAAAAUGCAAGGAAGUAGACUUUGCGCGUAGGAUAUUCGACAGUCUAUCACGUAGGAACAGAGUUACGUGGAAUGUGAUGAUAUUGGCACAUUGUCUUCACGGUCUUCCUGAAGAUGGGCUCGAAUUAUUUGAAGCCAUGAUCGACGGUGAGCUCAUUCCAGAUGAAGUAACGUUUGUUGGCGUUCUCUGCGGUUGUGCUAGAUCCGGGAUUGUUUCACAGGGAGAAAGUUACUAUGCCCUGAUGGUUGACGAGUUCCAGAUCAAACCCAACUUUGGACACAUAUGGUGCAUGGCUAAUCUUUACUCCAGCGCCGGGUUCCCUGAAGAAGCAGAGGAAAUUCUGAAGAACUUGCCAGAGGAAGAUGUGACGCCAGAAUCUUCAAAAUGGGCUAACUUUCUCAGCUCUUCACGUUUCACAGGAAACUCGGCUCUUGGGGAGAGCAUUGCCAAGUCCCUGAUAGAACAAGAUCCCCUGAACUACAAGUAUUACCAUUUGCUGAUGAACGUUUACAGUGUUGCGGGGCGUUGGGAAGAUGUUGAUAGAGUGAGAGAGAUGGCGAAGGAGAGAAAAAUAGGACGAAUACCCGGGUGUGGCCUUGUGGACUUGAAGGAGAUAGUCCAUGACCUGAUACUAGGAUGCGGAGAAGCAGACAAGGUGAUUACUGAGACUAGUCUAGAGCAAAACGCUACAGUGAUUUACUGACAUAAUAAGCUAGUCCUUUGCCAGAUCCAGGCUAUAUAUGAAGUCAUAAAUGGAAGAGUGUCGUCUUGCAGGGAAUGCGCAAGAACCGAUCUGUAUUUGCAGACGAGAGUAUAAAAUUCUGGUUAUAAUGGAAAACAAGAGAAAUUGUGGCCUCUCUGAUUUUUUUUAGUUUUUUUUAGUUUUGAGAAAGGCUCUUUAUAACACAAUCAAUGUGAUGUGAUCUACAUGAGAAAUUGAGAUUUUACCAACUUGCGAAUGAAUGAAUGAAUGAUAAUUCUUUUGAACAUCUUAUUACAGAGUUAAU